GAGAGAGAGAUCGCAGACCAUGGCAGGCAGGGGCUGCUCUUCCCUGCUCCUGGUGCAGCUCUCCCCGGCUGCAGAGCUCUCGGCUGAGCGCCUGGAGGCCAAGCUGCAGGUCCACUUCCAGUCCCCCAAGAAGUCCGGGGGAGGGGAGUGCACCGUCAGAGCUCGGGAUCCCCAGCGGGGGCUCUACGCCGUCUCCUUCCUCUCCCAGGAAGUGAAGGAACGAGUGAAGGCUCAUAAAGAGCAUUUUAUAAAAGUUGAUGGAAGAACCCUAGAGAUAAGCAUCUUGCCGAAUUCUGAGGUCGCCACCUUGAGCCCUGGGGGAAGAUCAUUGACAAACAGCAUAAGCUCAGCGGCAAACUCCCUUCCAGCUUCAAGCGCUAUGUCACUCCAGAAUGAUUUUGAAAGGAGGCAAGGUGGAAGAUAUGAUGCCAUUGCCAGAAAGAUUUUUCUGAGCGUAUCUGCCACUUUGAAUACAGACUUGCUCACAAAAGAGGAGAGGAGUCAGGUGACUGUGGUGUGCCCGACCUUAAAAGUAGAUGUGUGUUCAAGCCAUCUUGGCAUAGAAAAGGUGUCAGGAGAUUAUGGUGAUAUUCAAAGGUUGCACUCUCACUUUGAGAAGCUCCUUGGAAACUCUCAUCAGCAGCACAGUACAUUUUUGUAUCCAAAAGGAAGGAGUCGAUUGGAUGUGGAAAAUCUGAAAGAAGAAAGCAAGGAUGAUAUAGAAUGCAUGUCCAAUAUGGAAGUGCCUUCAGCUAUCUUUGAAUAUUUUACUCAGGCUUGUAAGGAAGAAGUUGAAGAAUUAGAGCAGAAAUUUGAUGUCAAGCUGACUUGGAAGGAUUGUGGAAGAGGCUUGACUUCUGUAGGGUUUGUUUCUCUUGGGGCUCCAAGCUCCAUUGAGAAAGCUCAGCAAAAAUUUGUCACUGUUUUUCAGAGGAUAGCAUCAGUUGUCAAACAGGAAAAGAUUCCUUUCACAGAGGACCUCCACUUAGAAAAGGCUCAAGAAUUGUUAAGCACCCGGUAUAAAAGUGUCCUUGUUAAAACAGAUGGAAAUGCAUUAAUUCUCCGUGGCCCUGCAAGGGAGAUUUCAGCUGCUAAGAGCUUUAUAGAGGAAGUAAAGGACUUGGCUAAAACCCCAAAAGCUUAUUCCCCAGAGCCUGGCUUUGAAGUUGAUGCUGAUACAUUUGAAUUUCUCAAGCCAAUAUUGGCUAAAGAUAUCGAGAAUAUAAACCAAAAGUUUGAAACUGUAAUAGAGGUAAAACCCAGUCUCAAGAGUGAAAAACUGAACAUCUGUUUCAAGCCCAAGAAGCCCACAUAUUUAGAUGAGUCUCCAAAAGCUUGUUACAACUUCUUUAAAAUUUAUCAGAAGCAUUUAGGAGAGCCCAAAGAAAAGAACAUCUCCUUGAAACUUUCAGAGGUUCAAAAAAAAUUACUGAACGACUUCUUUCUACAACUGCAAAGAGAAAAUCCUCGGACAGUGUUUAAGAAAAAUGGAGAUCAACUGAUUAUACAUGGUUGUCCAGAAGAAAUCUGUAAAACUGAAAAACACAUCAUGAUGUUCCUAGAAUCUGCUCUGAAACAGUCUCUCGAAAAUGUAGGGUGGUCCAAUCCUGCUUUCAGCAGUGGAGCCUCUAAAGAUGCACCCCUUGAUCAAAACACUGAUCACAAAAAGUUCUUGCCUUUUUCCCAGGAAAAAACAGAUUUGAAAGCACCGGAAGUCAAACAAGAGGAAAAGUGCUCCAUCUGUAUGGAUAAAAUUCACCAGAAGCAAGUGUUGGCCAAAUGCAAGCAUGAGUUUUGCGGAGAUUGCAUUAAAGAGGCAAUGAAACACAAGCCAGCUUGCCCUGUGUGCAAUGAAUUUUAUGGAACAAUGACAGGGAACCAGCCACCAGGGAAAAUGGACAUCUUGAAAAGUCGACAGUCACUUCCUGGUUAUGAGGGGUCUGGUACUAUCACCAUCACUUACACCAUACCUGAUGGCAUUCAAACUGCAGCGCAUCCAAAUCCAGGAAGAAGAUUUUCAGGAGCACACCGGAUAGCAUAUCUACCUGACAACAGAGAAGGAAGAGAAAUUUUGAGUCUGCUUCAACGGGCCUUUAACCAAAAAUUGAUUUUCACAGUGGGCCAGUCCCGCACUUCUGGUUUAAAUGAUGUGGUCACCUGGAAUGACAUUCACCACAAAACAUCCACACAUGCUGGUCCAAACAAUUUUGGCUACCCUGAUCCUAAUUACCUGAAGCGUGUUAGAGAAGAACUGAAGGCAAAAGGAAUUGAAUGAGUGCUUUUUUCCAGCAUGAAGUCCAGAAUUUGUGCCUGUCUAAAGAUGGGACACUUAACCUAGCAUACUGAAAGCCUUUAAAAAUUAAACUUUUUAUGCAAAUGCUGUUUAUCUAAUGCAAACUUUUGAAUCACAGAUAUGUUGAAGAAGAGUUUUAUGCACAGGGACUACUAAGUCAUUAUAAAAUCAUCUUUAACUAAAGCUCUGUGAUAUCUUAACACAUGAGCUAGAACCUUCCAUCAGCCUUAGGAAAAGUGGCCCUUGGUCAGACUCUUCAAAGUUAUAGUCCAGCUUUAUCUGGAUGGGCCACUGGAUCACUAACCCCAAGUAGAGGGCUGUGUGUGUGUGUGACAUUCUUUCCCUCUGUAGGAUUAUUAUGUAAAAUAAAUAUUCCAACCAGUUACUUCAGUUUGUUCACUUAUUCUUUCUGUUGUGGCAAUGCAAACUUAAAAUGAAAUUGCUUCUCAGAUUAUGGUUUUAAGAUGAGUGGUAACUAAUUGUGAUUCACUUUAAAUAAUGAUACAGUGCUAUCGUGCCUACUUUUUUUGCAAAGAAAAAUACUGGCUCAUAGUCUGGUGUUUGUAUAAUAUGAAAAAAUGAACCUGGUGCAUCCAUUACCUUGUUGACACGAUGACAGCUGAAAGAUUGUUUCUGUAUGGCUGAUGAUGUGUAUUGCAAGAGUAUAACUUGUGUGAUAUUACUCCAUCCCACACCUGUAGUCCUAAGGUGUGAUACUGUACUGUUGUUUGAAGUAUCUAUCUGGUUCUGCCAAGGAGGUGUACUUCUUUAUUUUAGGAUUAACAUAGAGAUCCUAAGAAGUAUGGAGGGAGGGGUGUUUAGUGUGUAGCCCUGCAGUUCAGCCAUCAGGUGUUUGAAGUCAGAAAUGUAUUGCUUCAAACUUAGGGUCACACAUUGCAAAAGAAUUAUUACUUUUAAUAUAACACUUUAGAUUAAGAUCAUGCAUAGAUGGAAACAGCACAAAAAGCAUAUUGAUGAGGAAGUAGUGGCUGUCCAGAUGUACAACUCUCAUCAUCCCUGGUCAGCAUCCCUGGUCAGUAUCUGGACUUAUUGUCCAUCCUUGUUCUAGCUGGAGUGGGGCUUUUAUCCACAUAUGGGUGCUGUGCCGACCCAUGCUGUUUUCUGAUCCAGCUGUCAGGGCUGCACACAGAAUAUUUUCUAGCAUCACUGAAUUUGCUAACCAGUUGUGCAGGAAGGGCCGAUGUGAUGCUUUCCCUCUUCCCUGCCAGCUUUAUUGAGUAAAUUAAAAAUUCUCUUGCCCCUGGAAAUAAAUUUUCUUACUCAUCUAGUCUUGCUGUUUAUGCCCCACUUUGGCUUUUUGUAGCCUUAAUAUGAUCCUGUUGCCAAGUCGAAUAUCUGGAAUGUUUCCAGUAGUACUGUUAGUUCUGUAAUGCCACAAUCUGUUUUUCUCUUGUAUUAAACCCAAAUGAUGAGCUUUAUUUUCUUUUUAAGUCAACAGCUAGCUUUAAGGCAUUGGAAAAUGCUAAUCCUGUUUCCCCCUAAAGCAGUAGUAUGGAUCUUACUGCAUUUUCUCUUGAGUUGUUGCUAUUGCGCUGUACUGGAAUUUAAAGAAUGUUUUGUUGGCUGGAUCAAGAUUAAUAAUUGAUAGAUGAUUAAAUAUAAUUAAAGAAAUAAAACUGUAUAUUCCAGCUGUGUAUUGCUUCAUUAGUAAGGGAUAGGGGUGGAUAGAAUAUAUGCCACAUCUUUGCCUCGACAACCAUUGUCCUGCUUCCAGCUGCCAACACUGGUUUUUGUUGUUA